AUGCAAAAGUAUGCAGUGUCGUCCAAGCUGGGCGACGGAACGUUCGGCGCGGUGUUCAAGGCCACCGACAAGUCGAGUGGGGAGGUGGUUGCCAUCAAAAAGAUGAAGCAGAAGUUCUACUCUUGGGACGAAUGCAUGGCCCUUCGCGAGGUCAAGUCGCUCAAGAAGCUCAACCAUCCGAACAUUGUCAAGCUCAAAGAGGUGAUCCGCGAGAACGACGAGCUGUUCUUUGUCUUUGAGUUUCUGGACGGCAACUUGUAUCAGAUGACCAAGGCACGGACCAAACUGCUGUCCGAGUCGCGGGUGCGCAACCUUGUGUUCCAGAUCCUGCAGGGCUUGCACUACAUGCACACCAACGCGUUCUUCCACCGCGACAUCAAGCCGGAAAACAUUCUGGUCAAGGGCGACGAGCUGUGCAAGAUUGCAGACUUUGGGCUUGCGCGAGAGAUCCGGUCGCGACCGCCGUACACCGAGUAUGUGUCGACGCGGUGGUACCGGGCGCCCGAGGUGCUGCUGCGGUCGACGACGUACAACUCACCAGUGGACGUGUGGGCGGUGGGCACCAUCAUGGCGGAGCUUUACACGCUCCGGCCGCUUUUUCCGGGCUCGACCGAGAUGGACCAGCUGUUCCGGAUCUGCUCGGUGCUGGGCACGCCGUCGGCACGCGAGUGGCCGGAGGGCAUGAAAUUGGCGGCCAAGAUGGGCUACGCCUUUCCGCAGGUGGCCGAGACGCCGCUGUCGUCGCUCAUCUCGAACGCAUCAGACGAAGGCCUCGACCUGAUGAAGUCGCUGAUGCAUUGGGACCCGAAGAAGCGGCUCUCUGCCGAGGACGCACUCCGGCACCCGUUCUUCUCGCUGGCCAUUGCACCGCCUGCACCGCUACGCCCGCUGCGGGCAGGCCGUGCGCCGGGCCGUUCGCCGGCCAAGGCAAGCGUAUCGCCGCCGGGCGCCAAGGCUGCGUUGGCCGGCAUCGGGCGCGGGACGUACGGCGGGGCGGGCGGAGGCAAAGGCAGCAGUGGCACAGGAGACGGCCGCAGCGGCUUUGCUCUGUCGUCUGACUCGGACUCGGACGACCUCGACUCGGCGUACCCUCCACGGUCGCGGCUGCCGCGCGUCAUGUCGCAGGGCAUGAGCGGAGCGACGGGUGUGGCUGGUGGCGGGAGCGGUGGAGCUUACGGAGGCGGAGGGGCGUACGGAGGCGGCGGGGUGUAUGGCGGCGGUAGAAGCAAGGCCGGCGGCGAGUUUGACCUGGAGAUCUCGGACGACGAGCUGGAUGCACUCGACGCGUUUUCGGGCGCCAAGCCCGCCGCGCGAAGGGCCAAGACGGCACUGGACGACUUUGAGCUGCUCUCGUCAUCGUCGUCGUCGUCGUCGUUGCUGCCGGGCUCGUCGGCGCGGAGCAGCAAACCGCAACCGCGUGGCACGGUGGGGCGGGCGUCGCAGCCGCCACGGGUCCGUGCAGCCGCGCCGCGGACGCGCAACAAUCAGUACGAGUUUGCCUUUGGCUCGUCGUCCGACUCGGACGACGGCGGGGCGGGCCAAGUCGGCGGCGGCGGAGUCGGUGGAUACGGUGGUGGGUAUGGGCGCGAGCGCGGGCCGGUCCGCGACGCGUACGGCGUGCAGCGGAGCACAGCAGGACCGGCAGCGAUGCCGGGGCGGCGGACGCCACUGUACUCGACGGACCCUCUGCCUGGGCUGGCAGCGGCCCGGGCGGGCGCGCAGCGUUACAGCGGAGCAGGCGGGCCCGGGCCCGGAUCUGCCGCUGGACCGGCAGCGAGCCAGCCGCGGGCAUCGUCGCGGCUGUCAUCGUCAUCACGGACUGGAAUGCGGCCGCGGUCGCUCAACCCGUUCGCCGCACUGGGCGGCAUCGGGGCGGGCCGGACUGGGGCAGCAAGUGGGGCUAGCGGGACAGGCAGUGGGUACCCACCGCGCGGCAGCAGCUCUGGAAUGGGCAUGGGCAAGGGAGGCGGCGGCGGCGGCGGGCCUCUGUUGCGGGCAUCAGGCACAACGCAUCGCACACGGUAUGCCGGAGCCAAGUUCUCGCGGUACUGACGGUUUAACUGGGAGCGUCUACUUUUUGCCGAGCGCAGCACGGCGACGCUUGCGGGUGACGACGGCCGAUGCGGCCAGGCGGUCUGUGUCACGGGUCUUGUAGCGGAGAACCUCUGCUGCCGCGGCGUGGCCGAGAUGGAACAGGUUGCGCUCUGCGGUGGUGAGCUUGCGGAUGUGCUCCGAGUAGUCUGCGGCACCGAGGUUGAUCGAGGUGUCGACGAUACGGAGGUAGCGAGUGUGGAAGGCCUUCUUGAGAACAGCCGGUAGAGCCCAG